AAAAAAUGAUAUAAUAAAUUAUCAGAAAUGGACUCUUUGGUCACAAAUUGGGGGUUUAGAGGAUCCUGGGUGCUGAAGAUGAUUGUGGUCGGGAGGUCAGCGGUGGGAAAGACGAGUUUGAUGCAUGAGGUUGUGGUUGGGAGACUUCCAGCCAUCACUACUCUUAAUUAUGAAUUCGUAGUCUUUAAUUACGAAAUACCCAGAGAGGACUUGGUCGAGCAAGACUCUAAGUAUGCCAGCCUCAAACUUCCUGAGAAAGUCAAGCUCAAGUACCAGAUCUGGGACACUGCAGGCCAGGAGAGAUUCAGGAAUUUGGUGAAGAGCUAUUACAGAGGAACUUCAGUUGCCUUCAUUGUUUAUGCCAUCAAUGAUAGAGACUCCUUCGAAGAUGUUGAAUAUUGGGUCAAUGACCUUGAAAAGUAUACCUUUUGGCACAAAAUAGUGCUGAUUGGCAACAAAAUAGAUCUGGAAGAUCUGAGAGUGGUGUCAUACGAUGAAGGUAAAGAACUCGCAGAUGAAUAUGGGUUUGACUUCUUUGAGACUUCUGUGCUUAAAGACAUUGGAACAGCAGAAUUGAUGCCUAAUAUUUCUCACCCUAUUCUCAAGAGUCUUUUGGAUAAUUACAUAUAAUAAUGAUUUAUUUUCAGUGC